UGACCGCGCCCGACCCCGGGGGACUGCGACCACCGAGCCUGAGCCGCCGCGCUGCCUGCGGACGGACUGGCGAGCGCUGCCGUUUCUGUGAUGAUUUGCUAAAAUCAUGGUGAAAUGUUGCUCAGCCAUUGGAUGUGCCUCUCGCUGCUUGCCCAAUUCCAAGUUAAAAGGACUGACGUUCCAUGUAUUCCCCACAGAUGAAAACAUCAAAAAAAAGUGGGUCUUAGCAAUGAAAAGACUUGAUGUGAAUGCUGCAGGUAUUUGGGAGCCUAAAAAAGGAGAUGUGUUGUGUUCAAGGCACUUUAAAAAGACAGAUUUUGAUAGAAGUACUCCAAACAUUAAACUGAAACCAGGAGUCAUCCCUUCCAUCUUCGAGUCCCCCUAUCAAUUCCAGGAGAAAAGAAGAAAGCUUCAUUGUAGAAAAAAUUUCACCCUCAAAGCCCUUCCAGUCACAAAACAAAAUCACCAGCUUGUUGGUGCUUCCUGUAUUGAAGAAUUCCAAUCCCAGUUCAUUUUUGAACAUAGCUACAGUGUAAUGGAUAGUCCAAAGAAACUUAAGCAUAAAUUAGAUCAUGUGAUCAGCGAGCUAGAGGAUACCAAGGAGAGUCUGCAGAAUGUUUUAGACCGAGAAAAACACUUCCAGAAAUCACUGAGGAAGACAAUUAGGGAACUGAAGGAAGAAUGUCUGAUCAGCGAAGAUACAGCAAGAAGAUUGGAUGUUUUCUGUUGGGAGUGUUGUCAGGAGAGCACAGAAUAAGGCUGUUUCUUGAAAUAAUUUCAUGUUCUGUUCCACCUACAAUUGAUGUGGAUGCUGCCUUUUCUGAAACUAGUUCUCAUGUGCCAUGACUAAAGCACAGCCAUCGCAGAAAGCUCUUCGUCAUCCUGCCAGUGUUUACAUAACAGUUGUCAUCCAAAGACGUUUUGGAAGAGAUGCAGAAAUGUGCUCUCAUUAUCAUGCUUUUGUAGGACUUGGGACAACUAUGUUUUUAUAGCUACGCUACUGCCAAGUCGCUAUUUUCAAGUGGUUAAAAACCUCAAGAAAAUUCUGUAGUAAUAAGGAAAUGAUGUCACGUUGGCCCUGUUAUGUUGUAGUAGGUAGGAAUUAGACCUUUCAGCUACAUGAGAAUUUUAACUUCAAAUACUGUCACUUGCACGUGCUUUUUGGUAAGUGGUAAACUUUAUUUUCAAUGUGUUUUACUAUAAAGCAGGAAUCAUUUGCAACAUGCAUCUUUCUUGAGUCCAACCAAAGCUGCUUUAGUUACUAAAUAGUUAACUAAAAAGUCUUUUUAUAAGGCAUCCCGUAGCAGUGACCCUGAGAAUAUUACAUGAUAAAGAUGUCCACUUUUAAAUGUGCUCAGAGCCACUUAGAGAAGACCUUGCCUCCCAAGGUCUCCAUUUUUUGGUACAGCACAGAAUUCCUCCUGACAGGGAUACUUUAACAUAUCCAUUUUAGUCUUAAAAACAAGAACAUAAGCUUGUGGGUUGGCUCUUCAACAGUUGCUUCAGUAGUUCUGACCUUUCUUCAUGACUGUUCUCAGGAAGGGGCUCCCACUCUGCACCGGAGCUGAUGGCACAGCGGUCACACAGCCUGGACGUUGCUGGCUAUCUUUAAAAGUGCACUGUAGGAGAAAUCUUGAUGUUUCGUAUAUGGACCUCAUGGAAACAAGGAGUAGGAGAACAGUAUUGUCUCAAAGCUGUGCUUUUGGGAAGUAAAUACGUUCCAUGGCAGUUCUGGAAUAACUUCUUAACAGGUACAGAUGAAUAAGGCUUAAAACAACUGGAAUUAGGAGUAAUGAAUACUGUAAAUUAAAACAAAAACUGUGGGCCAAAGUCUCACUGUGUAGAAGUUGUGUCCAUAGAUGAACCUUACUCAGAGCCUAGACUGUAGCAGCCUGCAUUUGAAUAGCAGUUGCUCUUGUGUCAAUGAGAAAUCACUUCCAUCCUUUGCUAGUUUGUUCAUUCUAAGUAUAUGUGUCAAUAUCCGUUCCUUGAAAUGUUUGUACUAAGGAAUUUUUCACAUGACCACCCUCUGAAUGAGAUUUACCCACAUUUGAAAGAUCAGCAUUCUACUACUAAGAGGGAAUUUUUGAGGGUGUGUCCCUUAUUACCUUAAAAUGUUUUUUUUUUCCCCAUUAUCUAUUAUUUAUUUCAGUUGUUUCAUUUUGAGUUCAUAACAUGUAACCUAAUAAGAAGUUUGGGGUAUAGCCUAAGAGUUUAUGGAGAUACUCUGAUAGAGACAGACUUUUUGGCCCUAUUUGUGAGUAUAUGAACUAAAAGUGAGUACACUGGCAAUGGCAAAAAAUGAAAGUACCAAAAUAAUGGUGAGUCUGCACUUUCCUGGCUGCCUAGGAUAAAUCAGUCUUGGGAGACAUUUCCAAGAGUAAAGUUCCUGUUUUUGCCCUAUUACAGCUGCCACUUUCCUUCUCACAGGGCUGCUGGGAAGAACUUCCACUGCUUGUGUCCAUGGCAAGCCCAGCCCUUGUCUUUUGUUCAGGUGUAGUGUCCUUGAGGAGUUGGUAACUAUUGCAAAAUGCCUGCAUUAGAAAGGACCCAGACUGCUCUUGUACUCAUUACUGUCACAGAGAAAUGAUUACCAAUGAAAAUCUGGUAUUAAAGAUAGAAUCCAAAAUAUCAAUAUAUAAGUACGAAAUAUCAAAAAAACAAUAUGAUUUCCUGCCACUUAAAACAACUACCUAAACCCAGCACAUACCUAAGUCCUGUGUUCCAGACUUCCCAAGAAAGAGCUGUUCUUUAAAGUAAAGUGGAGUAUUCCCUCACCCAGAAGUUCCUCUGAAGGCAAGACUGGCCUUAGGGUGCUCAUUUCUUUAAAGCUUCAUGUGGUGUCCAGCCCUGGAGCAUGUAGUCCAGCAAGAGUGCCAAGACAGGCAUGAAGGACUUGAUAAGGUACUUUUCUGUAUGCCAAAUGGAGAUGUCUGAAGCCAGACCUUGGCUGCUAAAGAUCGGUACAAUUCUACCAGGCUUUAAUUUGAGAAAAGAUUAAAUGCAUUAAAUAUGUAUAUUUAGUUUUCAUAAAAAGGUAAACUUCUUACAGAGAUAAAUCAAUAAUGAAAAAUAUGUUAUUUAUCUGAAAAAUAAAAUAUUUUCUCUAAUAA